GGCAUCCGAUUGGAUGACUGGUUUGUAUCAAAGUGAAAAUAUGUGUCUCCAGCUCUUUACUGUUGCCAGGGCGUCAAUGGCGGAACUCUGCGGCAGAAGUUAGUAUGUCACAAGAACGGAUCGCCUAAGAGGCCAACAAGGAUGUCAAUAGAGGCAGAGGCGUUGCUGCAGGAGGCGAAGGAGAGCAUUGAAGCAGCCCAAAACUACAGGAGCGAGCUACAGCAGAGACUGCAUGGACUCAGCCAGGCACGCAAACAGGUGCGUGGCAGUGCCAGUCAAACGCGUGAGGCUCUGCAACGGCACUUUCAGGAGCUGCAGACGGCAGUGAGUCGACUGCUCACCGAGAGGCUGAACACUCUGCUUCAAGAGGUUGACAACAUCGAGCUGGACAGUGUCAGUCCUUUAGAUGACUGUCAGAAGCUCAUUGAGCAUGGAGUCAGCACAGCUGAUGAGCUGCUCCGAGAGGGGGAGGCUGCCAUCCGCUGUGGUAUAAAUGAGAAGGAGGACAAGCUGGGCAGCUUCACUAAGAAAGCCCUCCAGAUCCAGUUGGACAGUCUGCCUGAGGUACCUGUGCUGGUGGACGUCCCGUGUCUGUCUGCGCAGCUGGACGACUCUUUGCUGCAUAUGUUCCGUGCGCACGUGGCUCGGCACGGCAGCGUGGCCUCUCAUCCGCCCGUCCAGAUUGAGGAGCUGGUGGAGAGGCCGGGCGGUGUGCUGGUGCGCUGGUGUAAGGUGGACGAUGACUUCACCCCUCAAGACUACCGCUUGCAGUACCGUCGGGGUAACUCUUCUCAGUACGAGGACGCAUACAUUGGAAAAGACCCUGAGUUUCUGGUGCUCCAUCUUGACCCCCACAUCGACUACCUGUUUCGUGUGUGUGCCAGAGGAGAGGGCCGAACCGAAUGGAGCCCGUGGAGCAUCCCACAGACCGGCUACACCACACUAGCACCCCACGAAUGGCUUCCAGGCGUGGAUGGUUACAUUUUAAGCAGUAGGAAGAACAUCGCCAUGCGCAAUGAUUCAUCACCUGGUAGCGGUGGUGUGCUGUACUCCAACUCCCCCACGUACUUCUGUGGCCAGACCCUCACCUUCAAGAUCACAGCUGCUGGACAGACAGAUAAGCGUGACAGUUUGGGUGUGUGUGCGGACAGCAGAACUGACACCGACUCACUGCAGAGGGAUCAGGCUGUCUGCAUCUCCACUAAUGGUGCUGUGUUUGUGAACGGAAAAGAGAUGACCAACCAGCUACCAGCAAUCACUGUUGGCUCUUCUGUGACCUUUGACAUGGAAGUGGUCAACCUCUUUCCUGUGAGCAACAAUAACAACCCCAGCGACGGGGGGAACUUCAAGCUGAGGGUGACGAUUGGCUCAGGGAACAGGGAGGUGGUGUUUGAUUGGCUGCUGGAUCAGGUGGUGGACAGCCUCUUCUUUGGCUGCUCCUUCACGCACCCUGGAUGGAAAGUGCUGGUGUUCUGAUUGUUGCAUGAUGAAAGAUGAUCCAGUCUGCUGGAAUCCUAGACCUCAAGUUUCUUUAACAUUAUCACUUCCCAAGUGCUUACAGUGUUCAGAUGUCACAGUUUGCCCCUUUUUUCUUUUUAUCAGCACCAUAUAUCACUGCAGAAUAACAUUAAACUUUGUUCUGAGGUAUGACGCCAACCACUACUCUUUGACCUCAUCACUGGUGGAUUUGCAUAACAGCAAGUAUUUGCAAAAGAGACUGUUACAUGUUAAAGGAGUCUAAUAAAGUGUCAACCUGCAGGUGUUAAGUUGCGAAGCAUUCUGGUCUGGUUUACCACAGAAAAGAAAUCUACUGUGAAGCAUUCAGAGAUCAUAGGCACUCAAACUACUCAAAAAUGUGUUUUAAAAAAAAACUUCACAACCAACAACAAAGCUGAAUCUCUUAUGCUCAGACAAUCUUUCUGCUUUGGAGUUUCCUCAAGUCAGAAGUGUAGAAUGUAUCCUUAGAACUUUUAGCCUGUUUAAACACCGUAAGGUUUAGUGUGUAAAACAACUAGUAUUGAAUUCAUGUUUGCCUGGUACUUUGUUCUUAUUUAGAAAGUACUGUUUUUGAUUUUUACAUCACCGGGUUAGAGAGUGUUCAUGUGUCAGCCUGUUCACAACUUAGGCUACAAUUCUGAUCAGUAGAUAUCAUUGUUUCCACAGAAAUGUGA